AACCGUUACAUUGGCCACAAUUUAAAGCCAUUGGAUAUAUUAUCUUGGCUCCUUUGCCUCAUGGACUCUGCUUUUGGUCUGAUUUUGAUGUUAUUUUCCUGGGUGUUAUUUACAUUUCCGGGAUCUGAUGGUCAGAGUGUGAAAUCAGCUCAUAUUCUUGACCUCAUCAUAAGAGAUCACACGUUCAAGGCAUUGGACAAGAACUUGAGGACAGCAAUUCCAGAAUCAGUGAACUUACCUGCAAAUCUUUCAGGCAUUGGAGUUGAUGCUGUGAGGUUUAGAUGUGGCAGUUUGAGAAGGUAUGGUGCACAGUUGAAGGAAUUCCAUCUGGGUACCGGUGUAACUGUGCAUCCAUGUAUUGAGAGGGUCAUGUUGAUCAGACAAAACAUGGGGCACAAUUGGUCUUCUAUCUAUUAUGCUAACUAUGAUCUAUCUGGGUACCAGCUUGUGUCUCCAAUUGUGGGGCUCCUAGCUUACAAUGCUGAUGAUGAUGCAAACUCAAGCAACCCUUUCCAACUUGGGAUUGUGGCUGGAGAAAGUCCGAUGACAAUUGACUUCACCAAUGCCACAAAAUUGAACAAGGAAGAUGGGAUCAAGCCCUUGUGUGCUAGUUUUGAAGGUGAUGGAAGAAUGACUCUAGCAAAAGCCAACCCUUCAACACCACUUGUUUGUGUUGCAAAGAGGAAUGGUCAUUUUGGUUUGGUUGUGGAGUCCCCACCAGAUCAGUUCAGGAACAAGCCCAUAAGUAGGUGGAAAGUGGCAGUUGGGAGUACCAUUGGUGCAGCUUUGGGGGCUUUUCUCUUAGGCCUGCUUCUUGUGGCAAUGCUUGUUAGGGUGAAGAAGAGAUCAAGAAUGGUGGAGAUGGAGAGGAGGGCCUAUGAAGAAGAAGCCCUUCAGGUGUCAAUGGUUGGACAUGUCAGAGCUCCUACUGCGCAUGGAACUCGAACCACACCCAUAAUUGAGCAUGAGUACAGACCUCAUCCUCGUUGA